UAUAACACCACAACGAGGUUUCGAUUCAUCGAGCGCUAGAAAAUCUGUAGCAAGUAAUCUUUGCUUCAGUAACUGUGCCAUACAUAAUAAUAGGGAAAAAGAAAGAGGAUCAUUGUAUACUUCUUUAUUCACAGAAACCAUCCUCGUAUGCAAAUGGUUCUGUAAAAGCUGAAAACGUACUUACGCUCCAAGACUUCGAGGCCUAACGUGUGGGUGUUGUGUUAGGCCCAUACGCAUGGAAAUGUUCCAAAACUGUCAAUUUUGGUUUGCCAUGGGGAUGUUGACAUUGUAAACAGUGUCAAGUAAUGGAGUUAACUUUGCUUAGUAUAGUAUCAUGGAUGGCUUUAUCAUCUUCCAUAUUUCUGUAUCUCUCUGGCGGGAGUACCUGCCUUUUCAUUAUUAGAAAGAAGACUGUUGGUAAUAUUCCACUUUUCCCAUUCAUAGCCACAUGUGUUAGCUCUACCAUAUGGCUGAAAUACGGUUUUAUCCAGAAUAAUGGCACAAUUAAAAUUGUGAAUUCUGUUGGUUCAUCUCUUCAACUUGUUUACAUAUGCAUCUAUUACAGCUACUGUCGUGACAAGAGGAAAGCCAACUGUAUUAUUCUGCCUUCUGCGGCGUUCCUAUACGCAAUGUUGUUCUACGCUAAAUACCUUGCUGCCUCUGACAACGUCGCUGCCAUGCACCUUGGUCUGGUUGGCACGUUUUUGUCCAUAGUAAUGACCGCUUCGCCUCUUGUAACUGUGAGUGAAAUUAUUCGUACAAAGUGCACUGCAUCGAUGGCCUUUCCAUUUGUUUUUGUUUGCUUCGUGUCAUGUAUUUUAUGGGCAUUGUUUGGAAUCCUCAUUCAUGAUGCAUUCAUAGUGGCUCCUAAUGCCGUUGGUGUGCUCUUGGGAAUAUUUCAGCUGUCAUUUUUCCUUGUAUACCCGUCCAGAAAACCAGAAACAAUCACAGAUGGUAUUGCAAGACCAUUAGCAGAAGCUUAAAAAGUAAGGAAGAAAUGCAAGUUACAGCAACAGAAGUCCCAUGAACGUUGAAAAAAGAAUGAUGCCAGAAUUCUUUGUUCUAAGCUGCGGUAUUAUACCUUGCUAAACAAGGUAUGAUUGUUGGCAUACUUUUCCAGUUAACAUGGAUUAAAAGUCAAUCGAAAAGCCACUUAGUGAAAUUGGAUAGUUAGUACAGCAUUGGAAGUCACCUUCCCAUUUAUAGGGGGUUAUUUAUCACUACUCUUGAAUUGCUUGAAGGUGCUUCUGCAGUUUGUCUCGGGUUUUUUGUUUGUUUUUGGUACCAAUUGCUAAUGUGUGUACUUUCAUGGCUUUUAUUAAAGGGGAGAGAACAUUACUAUAGAUCAAGUUUUUAUGCUUACCCAAAUUAAGCUAAAUUUGUUUGUGUGUUGAUUUUAAACUAGCGUUAUAGGUUUCUAAAUCCUGUUCACUGUGGUAGUAUUUAACGUUCACCCGAAUCGUCCCUGUAAUUCACCAGUGUUUUGAAGAAUUCACCUAGUCGUCUGUUAGCUAGCUUGCUAGUCGUGCUUGUGAAAGCCUGGAAAUGGUAUGCACUAUGGUAUGUAGUGAAUAAAUGGCUUAUGCCUGGGGAUAAAUACACUCAAAACAGUUAUUUUGUUUUAAGCCACAAUGAGUUUAAAAACAUCAGAAAAAUGGAUGUAUAUGUGCGUAGUGCCAUCAAAGAUGUUGGCUAUAGUUCCUAGUUCCCGAUGAUAUUACGAUAUUAUCACUUGAAGUAAUUCAUCUUUUAAUAUCUUCCAUAUUUCAAACUCAAAACACAGAAAUAUUUAGUUUUCUGAAUUUAAAUGUAUAUUGAAUUUAAAUGUAAUAGUCUAUUGAAUUUAAAUGUCAAUGAAUCAAUCAUUGCGCUAAAGCUUAGAGUUUGGGCAUUAGAGAAUUAUACGUCAUUUAUUUGAACAUCUUAGUGAAGCAGAAGUUAUCUAUUUUAUCAAUGUCUUGUAAAAGUACUGUACAAUUAAAUACAGUACAGCAAGGAACACUACGGUAAGGUACAGUACGGUACAGUACAGUACGGUACGGUACGGUUUGGUACGGUACGGUACGAUAUGGUAAAGUACAUCACUGUAAAGAGCAGUAUAAUCUGAGGGUUUUGGUAAGCCGGAGAGAAUUUGCGAAUCUUAUACUUUUAGUUUACAAUUUGGUUGGUUAGAUCAUUGGUCGUUGCAUGUAAUAUUUUUCGCGCAUAAUUCAAUAAAAUCAAAAAUACCUUCUCAGUAUUCCAUAUUAUCAGUAUAAAAAGCAAAUCAUGUGUGAGGAAAUGCAGUCUUUUAGGCUUUAUAGCACUUGUUACUAGUAUAUAGGAAGUCUUUACGUCUAUAGGAAUAUAGGAAGUCUUUUAGUCUAUCUAGAUUUCUUUACGUCUACCGUGGAUCGGUAACAUUUCCUUAUGAUUUGAGUAUGAGUAUCAUACAAAGUCACAUGAAAUAGGCCAUUACAAAAUUUUUCUUUGCUGUCAAUCCUCGCAAUGCUUGGAUGUUAUUUUAACAUAAGUACAUGUUCCUUCCAACAUAAGAAACACACCCUCUCAGACUUGCAGAUUUAAAAUGACUGUGACCAAGACUGUGCCAAAAACUGUAAAGAUGACAUGUUUCGCAUUUCUGAUUUGCCUAUUUGGAUCCACCGUUGGUUCUAUAUUUGCUAUAUGGAACGGUUAUCACAGUUUUGACGUCCUAACAUCGAAGAUUGUCGAUCGAAAAGCUGUCUUUAAAUGUUUGCCUUUUUGAAAGCCAAUUUUCAAAUGUGUACCGUUGAAAAAAUUUUAAAAAUAAGAAUUGUUUUGUACAAUCUCCAAUAUCCUAGGACUUUUUAAUUUCUCUAAUCGAACUAUUAGUAAUGCCUUGAUGGAGGUUCAUUAGCUUCUGAUUUCAUUUCAGAAAUACUGUUACUUUCACCCUUAUCUUCUUCUCUUUAUUUGUUUAAGUGGAAAUUUUGACCCUAUUUUCAAAGGAAAUCGCCACAUGUUUCAGGUUAGCUUGAGUUUAUUAGAAAUAUUACCAAUGUUUAUGGCACUUGUUAAUUGGCAAGAAACGCAUUUAUCAGAUUUCAGGCGCGGUUGCCCAUAUUUUUGUUUCGAAGCUCCACUUGAUCCUAAUGUACGCCAGGAAACCAUUCAUAUAAAUGACGAAAACUAGGAUAUUUUCAACUUUGCACUUGCCUAUCUUCUUACCACUUUCGAGUGUAAUGUGCGCGCGAUUCAGGACAUAGCAUGUUGUGAUUCAGGGAAUUGCUGUUUCCCACCGGAAAAGGCUGCAGAUAUUUCCUACUGUCUGAUAUGUUGGUUGGCAGUUGUUGUGAUUUUAUUCUAAUGCUUCAUUUUGGCAUUUGUCACCAAAACACUUUUAUUUUCAGUCAAGCUAAAUUAAACUAUGAAUCCAGCAUCAAUAUAUUAACCAUGCCUCUUGACUUUUUAGACAAAAUAGUUUGUCUAAAGUUUUCAACAUAUACCAUCGGAUAAUUGUGAACUGCCAGAAACUAUUCGUUUGCACUUUGCAACGAGCAUUUGCACUUUUACAUUCUAAUACCAACAAGAAAUAUUUCAAAAGCAUUUCAUUAUGCAUUCUAAAUGAAAAUAUUCUUCAAAAUAUUCUACAUGUAUUUAUUGUUUGACUUCCCUUCUACAGUAUUCUUUGAAUUGUCUUAAUGCAGUGUCCUAACUUUGCUUGUUAUCUUUUUGGGUAAUUUUCGCACAAUUCUCUUUGUUCCUUACUUAUCGGAGUUUUAGUCGCACCGGCUCCUUACCGCAGUCAUUCCAGAUCAAAUCGAUGAUAUCAUAAACAGCUUGUUAUGUAGUGAUGAUGAAAUGUCGUUAGAUUUCUCCUUGACCUAUUGAUUUGGUAUCUGUAACUCGCAAUUCAACAGUAGAUCGAAUGAGAAAAUCCGCGACGAGACUUUCCGCAGGUCAAGCACAUUCUGUGGGGAUUCUGUUUGCUUUCCUGCUGCGUCGGAUGAAUAGUCACAUAGAUUGAGCGAGCGAUAACGCGCGAAUUCCCGAGAACUAUAACACUGAAUAAUCAAGGAAGCGCUCAUCAGUUUGCAGAAACACAAUUUAUCUCUCAAAAUUCUUGUCCGGUUUAACAAACUCUUGAGAAAAUUUUAAUACGAUCGACUGAAAAUCAAGAUACAAAAGCAACAAGAGGAUGCAUUGCACCUGGUCCUGGUUUUAGUAUCAUAACUGCUUCGACUUUUGUACACUUUGUUCUUUUAAGAUGACUCUGUAUUUCCACCAUUCUUCUGCUAGAUUCCAGUUUUCCGUUUGCCCGUUGCAUUGUCUUCAGCAAUUGCGAAAGAGAUCGUGUCUUCUCUUAGCGUGUGAUAAAACUUUAGUGAUAUGGUUCUGCCUCUUUCGCAGCGUAGAAAUCUGAGUCCGUUGCUGUAAAUAGACCAAGAACGGACUAUUUUUAGCAAAUAGCCACAAAAUGUGCAAUCUUCAACUUCUCACAUGUACACGUAUGAAUAUGUUUCGAUGGAGAAUUGCCUUAAGAGUCUUGUCGCCGAGCCCACGUUUUAUAUUUCAGCCUUCUUUUGGUUAACUUUACAGACAGAGCCCUAAUUGCCUAAAAUUUUAUUUUACAUAGAGAUUCAUUCUCACUACAUCUUUAACAUAUUACUGUUUUCAAUGCGUCAGUAAGAAUCAAGUCGUGCAUACAUUCCACUUAAAAAGCGAGAGGACCAAUCGCGUCGUGUUUUGUAACUUCGAUCGCUGCUUUUUCAGCACCAAACACAACCAGACGGACCUGCUGCUCCGUUGUCGGUCAUCUUUUGAUUUACUCAUUUUCUUGAAGUCUAACAGGAAAGGUAUUCCCACAUUAUGAGAUAUAGUAGGGAAAAUUAUCUCGAACUGCCAUUGUGAUGGUCCGUUCCUUUCCUUGCCGGUCUCUUGUGGAAAUCGUUUUAGUAAUGUGUAAAAUGUAGAAGAAAAAAAUGUUCUUACAAAACUUUCAUUGAAGAUCGUCAACGAAGCGAAAUCUUCACUACAGCAUGUUUUAGUCUAUCUUCCUGUCUCAUGUGCUUUUAUCUGGCGAUAAACAGUAGGCUUAUGCAUAAGCAAAAAUAAUACUUGAAAUAUAUGGCUUAUUUUCAAAAUAAAUUUAUUGCCGGUAAGUUUAAACAAAAUCAUUUUUUAAUGGAAAAAAUAUCUCUGAUUGUCGUUUAAAGGAGCAAGAAAGCAUACUCGGUUUGGAUGAUUUAAGAUUUUGUUCAUUCGUUCAUACUGGUGUGGGCUUCUUCCCACUCACGUUCAUACUGGGGUGGCUAACUUAAUCGUGUUCAUAUUAUUUUUGUCCCACCUAUGUCUAUGUUGAAUUCCACCGAUCCAACAAUGGGAUAAUAACCAGGCCCGUCGGAACCGGGGGGCAGGGGCGCUGGGGCGCUGGAGCCCCCCACAAUAAUUGUCAAACUGUAGUAUGUUUCCUUUAUAACUGUGUACUGAAUGAGAAGGAAAACAAUGGCAGCACCCCAAUAUGAAUUUGGUUCCGACGGCAUUGAUAACUAGUUGAGCCAGCCUUGAUUCAUACGAACACAGCCUCACAAGUCACUUUGUAGGCUGGUCAAUCCCACGUGGAUGAAAAAUCUCACCUCAAAUGAACAGGCCCUAAUUUUCACUGUAUGGUCAGUUAAAAAAUACAGUUAAAGAACAGUAGUUACUGUGGAUAUUUUUUUAUGAAAGAUAUCUAGCUAUGAGAAUUGAACAGUUUUUCUUAGAAGAUACCAGAAAUCUGCAGCGUGAAUACUGAUGUAUCGAUUCUUGCCUUCCAUGUUAGCGUUUGCUUUACCACCCAAGUCGCAUUGACUGUUUGUUUGUAAAGGAGAAUGUUGCGCAAAAACGUUUGAGCAACAAUUGUCUACCUAUACGCCAUGUUCUAAGUGGAGACUCAUUUAGAGCUUCAACAGCCCUUUAAAAUCAAACCAUGUCUUUGUUUAUAUGUACAAUAGAAAUUCAAGAAAAAGAUUGAAACAAAGAAAAUUUGAAACUGUUGAAGGCGUGUCUUACUUGAGUGCAGAGAGAUCCUCGUUGAUGCUGAGAUUAUUUCAGUCUAUUGUACAGCUUUGAUUCUCGUACAGAUAAGCAGGUCGAACAGUUUGAUUCAUUGGAACAAUUCACAGGCUUCAAAAUAAGGAAUAAAGUUUUAAUGCAACGUGUGGGUCAGAAAUGCCCACUUUCAUAAACGAAAUUAUUAUAAACAAUACAGUUUCCUAAACCAUUUGCACCAGAACAUCAAAUCUGUCGAAUACUGAUGCUUAUCGAAUAGAACAUGGGUGAGGGUAAAAAUUGGAUCGAAAUCGAAAUAUUGGAUUAUAAAAACUUAUUGUAAGAGGCUUUAUCCAGCUUUUACAACAAAAUGAGUCUUGUUUGAUUGCUAAUAAGUUGCUAAAUGGUUGUUAAUUGGAUUGUAACUUUUCUAUUGUCAGUUGAAUCUGUGACAGUUUCAGUAUUAUCUCUUUUAUCUGUUUAUUUAAUACCCACUGGUCAGAAGUUAGCUUUAUUCAAAGGAAUGCAAGCUUAGACUUCCUGCAAGUGAUAUUGCGUCAUCUGUUGCUUCUGGUACGAGGCAUUACCAUAACAGGCUGCCAACGUUGGUUCAGCAUACCCGCAAUAUUUCCAGAUCAAGAAACUAAUAGAGAUCUUAAAGACAUUAUAUAAAUUUUAAUGCCUUGACGUAAAUCAACAUUUAACGUCAUUCUUUUCUUUGAAGCUCUUUUCCAGAAGCCACCACAAAAGUAUGAAUGAACAAUUACAAUCUCAACUUUAGUUUGAUAAUUUCGUACACCAAGAAUUUGCUCUAUCACUUGCAAUUGUAGAGUUUCAUAGCAUAUAGCGAAUUGUAUAUUAAUAUUUCAUAGUUUCACAGGAAAUGUCCUUUUCUGUACGAUUUUUGAAUAAUGGGGAUCUUCAAGAUAUUAGGGAACUUUAUGAAGUUUACCCUUAUUAUACCUGACCCUUGUGAGCGUACUUGCUAAGAGAGUUGCAAUUUCGUAUUAUAAUAUGCUGGCAUUUGAUUUCUUUGAUAUUUUAUCGAUGCUGGGCAUUUCAAAACUUAUAGAAAGAGCGUCGAUGCGAUGCGAUUUCCCGCAGACCUUACUAAAAAUUGCAUUUAUGAAUGUACCCAACACGCUUAUUGACAGUAAAGUUUUCAAGGUGAUUUAAGAGCUUUGUUUUAUGAAUAGAUGAUAUGUACCACAACAUUUGUGCCAAUAAUUCAUAAGAGCUAUAAAUCACGAGAAUCUCAGUAGACCUGUUUCCACGUAUGUUUCACCGUAGACCUUGUGAUUUUUCCUGUGAUCAGGCCUUUUCUUUCCCGUGAACCAUAAAAUUAUGUGUACCAUUAAUUAGCUAUUAUAAAAAGCGGAUUUUUAUCGCAUUUGAUGAAACCUUGAAGUAGCUCAAGAAGAAGAAAUGAUGCGACAUUAACUCAUGCACUAAAUGCCUUUGUAGUAGACACACACUGACGCAUUUUAAUGCGCAUCUCAGAUUUUUGUAGGAAGUAGGCAAGGCAUCGUGAUUCAGAAGUGAAGUUGCUUAUUUUGUUUGGAAUUAUUUUUGGGUAAUUGUCGAUAAAGCAACCAACUCUUAAAAAGUUCUCGAUCAAACAGUAAAAAAUCAUCUUCUUCCAUUGUCUUUACAUCGAUUGGUUGCUUGAUUUGUCUACUAAUAAACUGGAUUUGUCUAACAGUUUUCUACAAAAAAAUUUACUCAAUAAAUCUGCGCAAAUGUUUUAAUGAUCGCCAAUGCUCGCACUGCUUUCCAAUGGCUUGAUAUCAUAUUGAAACCAAAAUGGAUUUCUAUUUGUAGUUUGAUUGCAGUAGACUUCGCACAGUAAACUUUGCAGUGGCAUACGUCGAAUACCCAGAUGAGCAAAUUGCCUUGUACUUGUACAGUUAUUUACUUCAUUUAGAUCGGCCUGUUGAAACUGACCUAAGAUUUUAUGAAUAGCCAGCAUCGUGAUUUACAAUCACAUCAUCGACAUAAAAGGUGCUCUUUUCUCUUGUCACUGUUUGAGCCUGUUCAUCAUAAUGCAUGUUAUAUUACAGCAGUAAGAAAUAUCAUUGCUCUACGGAUACGCAGGAAAUUUGAUCUUGCAGUUGCUUGGGUCAAUGCGCUCUGCAAUUAUUACUCUUCUGCCUCCUUUUAAUAAAACUGCAACUAUUUUCUAAUUCAUUUCAUUCAACCGAAAAUAAUAACAUCUAUUUAGUAGCUAAUUAAAAUUACUUAUAAGAGUCUUUUGAACAGUAGAACUAGUCAGUUUAGCAUUUUGCGAAUUAACAUCGGCAUGUCAAACAUAAAUCCAUUUACAAAGAGUACGAAAAGAAAAAAUAUCAUGAACUUAACACAAGAUUGCUAAAGCUAUAACAACACUCUAGUUAGAAAAUGAAAACCUAGACAUAAGUUUGGCAUCAAGUAAAUGAAAAAUCACCGUACAGAUACAGUACAGAUACUCUGAUAUCCUUAGGGGAGGGGUGGGAAGGAAUACCUAUCCGCAAAAUAGCUACCGACGUGUGAACUGAAAAUUUCAGUACAGACCAUUUAUACUGACACAACUUCACGUGUGAAACAACUUGAAAUCACUAUCACGCUUACAACACAACACUAUUGUAACCUUCUUAAAGACUCUAUUCUCAUUCUUUCUCCUGGGACUAAAUAAAUUCAGCUAUUGAAAUCGAUACAAACGCUGCUUUACUUUUCCUUCAUUCUAGCAUCAAGUGUGCAAAACACAGAAUGACACAGAAGGUCAAAGUAGCCAGUAACAAUUGAAACAUAACCGUUUUGUGAAACUUUGGUGAGUCAAACACAUUGUUUGACACAAAUAAUGAGAACAGAGGUAUGAGCUUGGAUUAGCAAAGACUAGAAAAAUAUUGUAGUUUUUUGGCUGAUUCUGAAAUACUGCAUUGCGCAAUAAAAAACAUGAAAUGAAUCAAUAGAAGUAUGUUGAGAAAUAUUAAUAGUUAAAAACAUCGAACUUAAAAGUCAAUGCAAAAUUAUAUUGGAAAAGGAAUUGAGGAUUUACAGCAUCUAUCGAAAUUCCUGAAUGAGAAAUAUGCUUUGCACUAAAAUUUUAUGUAAAAAGAACUUGAAAUAUGCUUACCACUCAAACUACUCAAGUGUGAAGAAAGCUUUAUUGAUGCUUUUCGCUUUUGCUGGUUUUUGAAAUCGAUUGCUUUCUAGCAAGAAAAAAAUAAUCUAAAAGAUGAAAUUGAAAAAAAGGUUUUGAUUUGAUGAAAUGUUCAAGUUUGGGCCAAAGAACAUGUGACAUUUUGCGUACAUUUCUGUUUUUGACCCCUGCUAGUUCAGUUAGGCAAUAGGUAUCAAACAAUUUGAUUACCAACUGCCAGCCCCGAAAUUGAUAAAUGCAAUUGUUAGCCGGACUAGUUAAGAACGUCUGAUUUUUUGUGUCUAACCCUAUCUAUGGAAGACUGCAUAUAUAUAGAUUAAUUGGUGGUAUUUUGCUGGCCUGUAAACGCAGUCCAUCACAGCUGACUUUCUUGUGUUUGGUCAAAGUUGCUGCAUCUCUUUGUUUCGUUUUUUUUAACAUCCUUCAUCAUCCUUGCGAUUCUUGAAGCAUGGAAGCAUGCUAGAUAAUCUUGGUACUUAAGUUUUCUUCACGGAAAUAGUGCAAGGAAGAGGAAAAGCAAAUAACUCAACAUUGCUUGCCAUUUUCAGCAAAGUUCGAAACUACUGGAUGUAACACCUAGAAGCCGCCAGUGGGUGAUGCAAUAACUUUUUUUAUCAAGCUGUUCAUAAUGCUAGGCACACACACGCACAGUAGGACUUUGGCUGAGUAAAAUUGAUUUCAGCUGUUUCCUCACGUGUGCGGCAACGUUUUACUUAGUCUUUUCCAAAAAUCUUAAAAUCCAACUGGUUUGACAUCUUUUGACACGCAUGUUUUCCUCUUGCUCACCACCUUGACAAAUCCAUACAAGCGCAGAAAGUGACAUGAAAGUCUGGUUUUGCGCAGCUUUCGUCAUUAACACUAGAUGGAACUUUCGAAACUACUGUAGGUGAAUACCUAAACAUGCUUUAUGAGUAAAUUAUGCUCACAUGAAGUAAAGAAAACGUCUUAUGGCCAAACUAAAAUAUCUUCACGUGCCUUUAGCAAUAGCCGUCAAUGAUACCAUCUUUGCCGCCUAGUUUCGAGAUGGUGGCCCUGUGAUUGGAUUAAAAACAGGAGUUACCUGUUUAAUAAUAGGAGUAGAAAUCGUGAGCUGUUGUCACGUAUAGAGGAAGGACCAGAAGACUUCUCGCUACACACAGCCUCUUGUUGUCUUAAAAGCUUUUUGGAUGCUACAUAGAGAUAGAUACAAACUUUGGUCGCUAUUCCAGCAUUAUGUGAUGAAAAAUACAAUUUUCGUCACAGCACGGAAAGAUUUCCACAUCAGAGCUGUGAGAUAAUCUUUCGAUGUUUCUUUAGCAUCGAUGCUACGAAGCCAUAUUUUUUACUGAAAUUACAGCAGUUUUCUUGGAAAGCAAAUUUUAAGUUUUUAAGUUAAAUUUCAGUCAGACCAUGACAUAAUAUAGUUUCAGCCACAUCAUGAUAUAAUCAGUUUCUUUCCAGAAAGCUUUAUAUAAUAAUGUCAUUAUAAAAGUUGUAAAAAUGCCAUAUCAAAUAUCAUAGUCAAAAUAUUAAACGAACAUAAACCUGUUAAAAUACAAUGCUUAAAACAUGGUGACUAUUCCAUGUAUUUAAAUAUUGUCUUGAUUUUCAUAGCUCUAAAAAAUAAUUGAAUUUCGAAAGAACUGAAGCAGUUUUAUUCGAUCCUCUCGUGGCACCUUGAUUCGUGCAGCCGUAAUUGCAAAAAUGAAUGGCCUGGGCACCGUGGUCCUAUCCUUUAUUUCUUUAAGUUCGCCUUCUCUUUCAUCUAUUACGACCUAUUUAUUAGCAGCUAUUCAUUCACAGCCUGGUUACUUAAGCAAAUAGAACGGUGAAUUUAGAAAGACGUAUUGCAUUUUCUUAGUGAAGAAAAACAUCACAUGCUAGAUAAUAUCUUAUGCGUAAGAGAUUUUUUUCGUGGUAUGUUGGUUUUCAUGUGAAUUCCUAUUUAAUCAAAGCAUUGAUAAAACUUCAUCGAAAUUUCGCAUCUCUUUUUUAAAGUUUUCAUCUAAAAUCAUAUCUUUUUCUACAGUUUUUACCCUUUGCUUGCUUCUCUUUUGAGAGGAAUGCUUGCCGAUAUGCUCUUGUCUCAGGUAAGUUUGAAGUUAAUUAGCGCUCGCUCUGAAACUCUAGAAUUUCAUAGAUCCUAUCUAAUAAUGCUUCUUGCAAAUGCUUUACUGCACCUUAAUUUACAUCUUAUUGGCUUUACUUAUGCUCUGAAGUUCUUGGGUAUGUCCUGCAGCCGAAGAACAAUAGCUUUUAGCAAUACACCAGUAAAGAAGAACGAGAACAAAUCAUUUUUAAGGAAAAAUUAAUUGUGUACAUCAACAGUCUUUGCUUCUAAACUAUUUUCGAAAAAAUUUCGAUUAUCAUAAAAGGAUAAGCUUUCUAAGUUUUAUCCUUCUCGAAUUAAUACAAAGUUUCCGAAAAAAUUUGUUGUAUUGAAAAUGAAAUAAGUGAAGUAAUU